AUGCCGCUUCAAAAAUCCUACUCCGAUAGUCGAGGAAUAGCAAAGGCAAGUCUGGUCUGGUCCCUCUGCCACCACCCAAACGGAUACCACACUCCGAAGCCUCCACCACCGAUUCCUGCAUCCGAGGUAACAAAAACAAAACUCAACAAAUUUCGUUACGAAGCCCAGGCCGACGGCCAAUCUCCACAACCUCACCACGAUGCCGACCAGCCGCAAUCCAAGCCUGACCUCAGCGGCCUAGCCACACCCGUCACGAGAUUGAAUUGGCGCGAUUUGGAGCCCCUGGCGAAUGUCAGCGAAUCUGACAAGGACGCAUCUCCCAAUGACCGGAUUUUGUGGGACAACAAGCAAACCAGUAACUAUGGCUCCGGUUUGUCGCCAAUGCUCAGCCGCAAGGGCAAGAAACGUGCCAGAAGCUCGUCUCCGAUUUCGUCUCCAUCUGCCGAAAAGCCGAAAGCCCCUGCUGUCAACAUCCAGAGGCUGACGAAAGCCUUGCGCUCCCCGCACCCCGACCCGACGCUGGACCUCUGGGACAGAUUCUCCCUCACCAGCCCUGUCAGCCAAGAGACUCCCAUUGCCCACCCAGCCCUCGCACAACUCAUGGUCUCUUCUUCUCCACAGCCAAACAAGCAAGCAGUCUCGCAGCCAGUAAACAUCCACUUGCGGCGUGCUACCAGUUGCGGGCUCAAUUGGCCAAAGCGCAGGAAGCUCGAAAAGUCCAAAUCAGGAAGCCAACUCGGCAUGGGCCAACGCGACCUCGAAUCGGCUUCCAAAUCAUCCCUUGUUUCUGCACUCUUGAGUACAGUUACGAGCAGUAUGCAACAAGGUAGCCCCGAUCAUGUCCGCCAACCCAUUGAGUCGCCCUCACCGAAAAGGAAGAAGCAAGUCCCUGUAGCGACAUCUUCCGCUUACGUCGAUUGCAAAGCAAAGGGCACAGGGGAUUCUGGCAAUUCCUCCGACUAUGGCGAUGAUGAAUUCGACGAUGAUGCGCUCAUCGAGCUCGAAUUGACUACAGCCACGGCCCCCGCGACCCAGGAAACUCCCACAACACCCAGAAUGCAAAAGUCAGCUGUAAUUGUCCCAGAGAAACAAAUAUCGGACGAUUUCGACGACAUGGACGAUGACCUGUUUGACAAUGAAGAGUUGAUUCAGUUAUCACAGAGACUAGUCUCAACUGACAAGACCAAGAGCGAGGCUUUACAACAGAACUCCACAGCGGCUCUUGACCAUCUUGAUGACGAGUUCGAUGAUGACUUUGCGGAAGAUAUAGAUUUUGAGGCUGUUGAGCUAGCAGCGACACUAUCUAUUCAACAGGCCAAAGCUGGCGCGGGCCGUGCCAACAAGGACAAGACUAUUCAGCGAUAUCUCAUCACAAACGUACUGGACGGUGAAUAUAUCGACCAGUAUAAUGCUGUUCGGCCUGAAAAAAUACUUUUAAUCAUGGCCGACAACUCCAAAAUCACACGCCAAGUUCAUCUCCGAGGCGCGUGGUACGACACGCCUGCUCACACAAAGUCUUAUGUACAUGUGAUUGGCAAGUUUUCUCUCAAAGGGCAGUGCAUUGUGGACGACGCACAAAACCUGCUCAUUCUUCACCCCGACCAGCUUGUCUCCGCUACAGUGGUCGCCGACUCGUUUGGCUGCAUGCGUCGUGCCGUUUUACAAGACCGGGUCAAAGCCACUUCCGAGGCAUCAGCGCCCUUGGUAUACGGAACAAUGCUCCAUGAAAUCUUUCAAGAUGCUCUACUCGCGAAUCGAUGGGAUCUUCCUUUCCUCGCGCAGUUGAUUGACAAGAUCUCGGAGAAGCACAUUGAAGAGCUCUACACCAUCAAGGUCGGGCUGCCUAGCGCCCGCGAACACCUGCAGUCCAAGAUGAUGGAAUUAAGCUACUGGGCCAAGUCAUUUGUGUCUCCGCAACCCAACAAUGAUGCAGUUGUGGAGGAUCGAAACGGCAAAAAGGCCACCAUGGCUGUCACUAAACUACUCGAUGUCGAGGAGCACGUCUGGUCGCCCAUGUAUGGCCUCAAAGGCAACAUUGACGCAACUGUCGAAGUGAAAAUGACGGAUGGCGAGCAAUCGCGAACAUUGACAGUUCCAUUCGAGGUCAAGACAGGUCGCAAUGCGAGCAGCAGUCACAUGGCACAGACCGCGCUAUACACCUUGCUUCUUUCGGAUCGUUAUGAUAUCGACAUUGCCUAUGGUGUUCUCUACUACAUGGAGACGUCAAAAACGAUGCGUAUCCCCGCCGUCCGACAUGAACUUCGCCACAUGAUUAUGCAGCGAAACCAGCUCGCCUGUUACAUUCGCGAGCGGAGUGUUCAGCUACCACCAAUGCUAAAGAGCAAGCACAUGUGCGGACGGUGCUACGCCAAGCCGGCCUGCUUUAUAUAUCAUCGCCUGGCAGAUAACGGUGACGGUGAUUCCAGCGGAAUGGACGAAAAAUUCGAUGAGCUUGUGAAGCAUCUCACCCCACGCCACCAAGAGUUUUUUGUCAAGUGGGAGAAUCUACUCACCGUGGAGGAAAAGGAAGGUCAAAAGACGAAACGGGAAUUAUGGACAAUGACUAGCAAUGAGCGACAGAAGAAGUCACGAUGCUUUGCCGACGUCAUUAUCGAGGAGGGUUCUGCUUCCGUCGACUCUGACAUGCCCCGUAUCAAUCGUUUUCAUUACACGUUUAUCAAGCGAAAGCCUGAACCUGGAUUCUCGUUUUUGGAAUCCCAGAUUGGUGUCGGCGAGCCGAUUGUGGUUUCUGAUGAAGAGGGCCAUUUUGCCUUGGCAAUUGGCUACGUCACGGCGGCGCGCAAACAGAGAAUCAGCGUCGCUGUUGACAGAAGACUCCACAACAGUCGGAUUCGCCAGCCUGGCUUUGACGAGCUUGAGAACCAGGUAUUUGCCAGCAUAAUGGAAGUUGCUCCCGAAGGCGCCUCUCCCGAGCAGAGCCAAGGCCGAAUCAAAGAAGCGCCAAUCCGAUAUCGCCUUGAUCAAGACGAAUUCAGCAAUGGCAUGGCUACUGUGAGAAACAACAUUGUACAGAUGAUGAGCAAUCAAUUUCCCGAAUCAAGACGCAUUCGAGAGCUCAUUGUUGACCUCGAAGCCCCUCGAUUCAAGUACGUGCCGACACAGUACACCAUCUCCGAACAAGACAGCUUGAACGUCGACCAGAAGAGAGCGAUUGAAAAGGUAAUGAGUGCCCAAGACUAUGCGUUGGUCUUGGGUAUGCCAGGAACAGGAAAGACCACGACAAUUGCGCACAUUAUUCGAGCCCUCACUUCACAGGGCAAAACCGUACUUCUUACAUCACACACCCACACUGCUGUGGAUAACAUCUUGUUGAAGCUCAAAUCCGACAAGAUGAAAAUUCUGCGCCUGGGAGCACCAGCCAAGGUUCACCCCGACGUGCAAGAAUUUGCAACUCUCGCAGGUCACCCAAUGAAGACAUUUGAGGAGAUUGAGGAAGCUUGGCAUGGUACGCCAGUCGUGGCCACGACCUGCCUAGGCAUCAAUCAUCCCGUUUUUCAGGAGCGCGCGUUCGAUUACUGCAUCGUCGACGAAGCUUCUCAAAUUACUCUUCCCAUUUGCGCAGGACCAAUUCGCAUGGCCAAGACAUUUGUACUUGUUGGGGACCACAACCAGCUUCCGCCUGUCGUCAAGAAUGAAACAGCGCGCCAAGGUGGUCUCGACGUGAGCUUAUUCAAAUUGCUCUCGGACAGCCAUCCCGAUUCUGUCGUAAACCUAGCACACCAAUACCGAAUGUGCGAAGACAUUAUGACGCUGAGCAACACAUUGAUCUACGAUGGCAAGCUUGUUUGUGGAACGGAACAGCUGCGCAAGAAGAAGCUGCAUGUGCCAAAUAUGAGGGCCCUCACACAACGACACCAUAAUGCUUCGACCGUGCUUCUUCCUGGAACACCUCGGUCAAUUUGCAAAGGUCCCGCGCCGUCACAAUGCUGGCUGUACGAUCUUCUGGAAAGCGAAUCCCGCGUUCGCUUCGUCAACACUGAUACUAUCCAACCCAUUGUCCGUGAAGAGGCACAUGGAAAACGUAUCGUCAACUCGGCAGAGAUUCGCAUCGUCUCCCAGUUGGUUGAGAGUUUCUUGACUGUGGGCGUUCCCGCGAGCGAGAUCGGAGUCAUGACGCACUACCGAUCGCAAUUGUCCCUCUUAAAGGACAAGUUGAAAGGCUACCCCGGCGUGGAGAUGCACACGACCGAUCGCUUCCAAGGCCGAGAUAAAGAGGUCAUUGUGCUCAGCUUGGUGCGCAGCAACGAUGCAUGCAAUAUCGGCGAUUUGCUACGUGACUGGAGGCGAAUCAAUGUUGCUUUCACCCGUGCAAAGACCAAACUCCUUGUGAUUGGAAGCAAGAGUACACUCAGCGGCAGCAACGUCAACAGCAAGGACAAUAUGCUGAGUCGCUUCGUUGCACUGAUGGAGCAGCGCGACUGGAUCUACGAUCUGCCUGCCGACGCUCUCGACAGCCACUAUUUUGAUGAGUCCGGCACGCAGGCGACGAGCGUUGGUGGUACGCAAGCUCUGUCGCCACAAAGCCACAAGAAGAAAACUAUUGGGCCCAAGAAACCACAGACGGCGGCGCCUGGAAAAGAGAACCGGCGACCAUCGCCCAGGACGGCGCGCAUUGGCGAGAGAGCACUGCUCAAGGAUAAGCUAAUUACGAGGGACAUCCUCAAUGAGAUGACGAAUGGGGCGUAUUGA